AUGCCGUGGAACCUAUCCACCGACACGUCUUCAGAGGCAACUACUCGGCCACAAUUGACUUCGCAGCAGUCGAAUUCUCUCCCGUCGACGCCCUACCAACAUGCGCGAAAUCUCUCCUUCCACUCCCGCUCCCCCUCCCCCUCUCAUGGAAGCACGUCCCCUCGGUCCACGCAUUCCGAAUCCACGCACAUUCCGCCGUCCCUGCGAAAACCGUUCACCGGCUGCAAAUAUGAAACCGCUAUGGCUUUCUUUCGUAGGAGAAUGCCGUAUACGCUGGGCGCCGACUUGUUACCCGAGGAGAAGGAGGGACUCAGGGAAAGAUUAGAACCAGAGGUGGAAGAGAAGUUAACUGCGGAUAUGUUGGAGGCAUAUGACCGGUUACUGCCAUCGGCGGAGAGCGAUGAUCGGCGACGCCAACUUGUUCGCAAGCUGGAAAAACUCUUCAACGAACAAUGGCCGGGGCGCGAUAUCAAAGUCCAUGUUUUCGGUUCAUCUGGGAACAAGCUUUGUUCAAGUGACUCGGACGUGGAUAUUUGUAUAACCACGACAUAUAAAGAGCUUGAGCAUGUAUGCAUUCUAGCUGAGGUUCUCGCGAAACAUGGCAUGGAGCGUGUUGUUUGUGUCUCCCAUGCAAAGGUUCCAAUCGUCAAGAUCUGGGAUCCGGAGCUACGUCUGGCAUGUGACAUGAAUGUCAACAACACGUUAGCACUGGAAAACACGCGUAUGAUUCGGACCUAUGUGGAAAUCGAUGACCGCGUACGGCCUUUAGCUAUGAUUAUAAAACACUGGACGAAACGGAGGAUACUCAACGAUGCUGGACUUGGAGGUACGCUAAGCUCCUACACGUGGAUAUGCUUAAUUGUGAACUUUCUACAAACACGAAAUCCUCCGAUUCUCCCCAGUCUUCAAGCUCGCCCCCACAAGAAAAGACUAUCGCCCGAAGGAUUAGUCUGCUCGUUUGAUGAUGAUCUCAACAAUCUGCUUGGGUAUGGACGAAAGAAUAAGCAGUCACUAGGUGAUCUGCUUUUUCAGUUUUUCAGAUACUAUGGCCAUGAACUCGACUAUGAAAAAUACGUUAUUUCUGUCCGAGAGUCCAAACUGAUCUCCAAAGAGGAUAAGGGUUGGCACUUGCUGCAAAAUAACCGCUUAUGUGUCGAGGAGCCAUUCAACACGUCCAGGAACCUAGGGAAUACCGCCGAUGAUACGUCGUUUAGGGGCGUACACCUGGAAAUUCGCAGAGCGUACAAGGCCGUGUCAGAAGGAAAUUUAGAGCAUUGUUGUGAGCAGUACCAGUAUCCGCCUGAGGAAGAGCGUUCGUGGGAGAGGCCCCAACCACAACCACGACCCAUUUUAGCACCUCCACCUCACCCUUCUCGGGGUGGUCGUGGUGGCGGCCGUGGUGGACGGCAUUCGAACCAAUACACUCGUGGUGGACAUUCUGGUGGUCGACGGUCAUCGAAUACCCCGAAUAAGUCGAACAACUUUCGCCAAGCAGCCAACGGCAUGAGUGCAUCGGAGCUCUCCCUUCAGGCCCAGCAGGCACAAUACCUAUUGCAUGAUCAUCUCUACCAGCAAAUUCAGAUACUCCAGGCCCAAGAGCAGGAGCUCCGACUACAGCUGCAAAACCAGGCCCUUCUCACAGGGAGACCACCACCUGUGCUGAUCCGUCAGCCCUUCAUCCAGUUCCCAAUGCCCCAACAACAGGAGUCUGCGGGAGACGAUAAUUCUCGAACAAGAUCUGGAACGGUAAAUCUUACGCCCCAGAGCACACCCCAGCGCCAGCAUUCUUAUUACGGUUCCCCCUAUCUUCCAGUUUCUGUUACAGGCGUGCAAGGCAGCACUACAAACCCACCAUCCCCAUCAGCAGCUGCUGCCACGCCAGAUCUUCGGCGUAAUCCGCGUCGGUCGUCCGUUGCAAAUGGAUCGCCAGGCGGGUCAUUAAGGGCGCACUCACAGCCUGCAAGGACCGUUAAUUCUCUUCCAAGCUACGCUCCGAUAUACUCAAUCGUACAGCCAGUCGAAAGCCCCCAGAAUUCAAAGCAACGUAAUGCUCCGGGUUCCCCUGACGGUACACAGAGUGAAGAGGAGAACGCUUUCAUGCCUAGCAGCCUGCCCAAUGUGACCCGUUCUACGUAUUUUGAUGAAAAUCGACCAACUGAGUAUAUGGGAUACUACCUCGCCACCUCUCCACAAUUACAAGCGUAUCAUCAGAAUGCCAUGCUAUCACCUUUAUCGGCACCUGUGGGAUUGGCCUUGCAGAAUGGUGGUGUCGUUCCAUUUCUUACGAAUUCGCAGGAAUACAUGUCGUCAGUGGCACCAAAUGAGAUGGUUGGUCAAUCGCCAGAGUACGGUGCGACACAGAAGCCCAAGUCUGCUUUUUCGCAACACCGUACCACUUCAAGACCUGCGGUGUCUCUUGAUCGUGGUGGUCCCUUAAUCGUGGAUGGCUCGGUGCCCCUAAGCGAGCCCCGUAACUCCAUUUCGGUCGAAGGUUAUGAUCCAUAUGCUACUAUGAGCCACUGUACGUCUAAUUCUGACGAUCAUAAUACGGACACACCUGCUAGUGUUUCCGAUUCGUUCUCGCAAGACUUUCAAGACAACAGCUCGGUAGACAUCGAUCAACCGCCGUUCUAUGGCCGACAGGGGCUCGAUAUCCAUAAACCUGGAAGUUCACCCGAUGUUUUUAUGAAUGGGCAAGGCGGGAAACCUAGUCUACUUUCGAGUCGGCUACAAAAUUUGCACCUCUCAAAUAGCGAGAACAUCACCGAACCAUCGUCGUCAUCGAGGACGAUGCCAGAAAAGCCAAGAGCAGUCCAUACUCAUCAUGAAUUGGGAAAAGAGGCUUCUCGUCAGAGGCAAUUGGCCGCAGGAGAGAAAGCGGCGUCUAGCCCCGGGACGUUGUCAGCGAUAGAGUUGCAUGUUCCUUCAACAGGAAAACGCCGGCCUAAUGGCGUUGAUGCUUCCGAAAAAACUAACGGCAGUGGCCAUAAACCAAGGCCCAAGGGUCGUCCUGAUAAUUCUCAUAAUUCGUCUGCUGGAUCAGGUGACAGCAAAGAACGAGGCGCCAACCACCAAACACGAAGAUCCAAUGGCGCUACCUCGACAACACAUGAUUCGAACGCCAGUCAUGUAAGUAGCGGCUGGCAAAUGACCAAAAAGAAGCAGAGGAAGAAUGCAAAGCCGCCCGCGGAGCACAGACAGGUUGUCCAUGGUGGUGCUGAGCCGCUUCCUGCGGAUGAGUCCUUAAGAAAAGGUGGAUGA